AUGUCUAAUUUAACGCAACAAAUGCCACAACAAUCACCUCAAAUGCAGCCAUUGGUGGCCAAUGCGGGCGUUAUAAAUGGAGGUCGAUUUGAUUUCGACGACGGCGGCACUUAUUGUGGCGGAUGGCACGACGGCAAAGCUCAUGGACACGGCAUCUGCACCGGACCGAAAGGACAGGGAGAAUAUUCUGGGUCGUGGCACUAUGGCUUCGAAGUGAGUGGUGUAUACAAGUGGCCAUCCGGUGCGACCUUUGAGGGCCAGUGGCAAAACGGCAAACGACACGGCAUUGGUGUUGAAUAUAGAGGCAAAUGGGUCUACAAAGGAGAGUGGACUCAAGGCUUUAAAGGACGAUAUGGUGUGAGAGCCAGUCUCUUAUCCACAGCCAGAUAUGAGGGCACGUGGGCUAAUGGUCUUCAAGAUGGUUAUGGAUCCGAAACAUAUGCUGAUGGGGGCACUUAUCAGGGUCAAUGGUUGAGAGGAAUGAGACACGGAUAUGGAGUGCGAUCGUCGGCGCCUUACGGUCACUGCAAUAUCACAAAAGCGAUUGUGACGAGUGCUACAAAUGCAUCGCUUCAGUCACUGGACACGGAGGGCGAGAGUCAGGCCGAUAACAAGAGAGAUACAGUUCGCGGAGGCUUUGUAUUAGUGGCCAGAAAUAGCUUUCGUGACAAACGAAGAAAUUCUUUGGUUGAGAAGUCAUCCAAUUUGAGAACAAAUCUAUUUAAGGGUUUAAGACUUCGCAAACAGCGAUCGACCGGUGAUAUUGAUUUGAAAUCAAGUAAAUCGAAUACACCAUCACUUAUCAGCUCAAGAGAAGCGUCAGAGAGUGGAAGCGCCGCCUCUUUCAAAGAAGCGGAUCAAGACGUCGGUUCAAAUGCAAGCUUUUUGUCUCAAAAUGGCGAUAUCAGUGACCCGACCACUACCGAGACAUAUAUGGGUGAGUGGAAGAACGACAAGAGAUGUGGAUUCGGAGUCUGUGAGCGAUCAGAUGGUCUCAGAUAUGAGGGCGAGUGGUAUAACAACAAGAAGUACGGCUACGGAGUGACCAUAUUUCGCGACGGAACCCGUGAAGAAGGGAAGUAUAAAAACAAUCAAUUGGUUACAAAUGUAAGGAAAAAGCAUCUCUUCGUCAUUCGGUCGUCAAAAGUAAGAGAACGGAUAGAGUCGGCAGUUGUGGCCUCACAUAGAGCUCAACAAAUAGCGUUACAAAAGGCAGACAUUGCUAUUUCGAGGACAGCGACGGCUCGAGGCAAAGGAGAACAGGCGGACUUCGGGGCCAGUUCUGCGCAAAAUGACUCCCAAAUGGCAUUCAUUACUGCCAAACAAUACGGCGGAACAGAUUUAAGUCAAUCUCAUUCCUUGGAUGCGCCGCUGAGGCGACGGCUCUCCGACUUCUCGCAGAUUAGACGCAGCACUCGUGAGGGCCCACUCGACCACAGGAACGCCAUUCAACAGACACAGAACAGACAGUUCUUGGACCCCAACGAGCCGUUUGGUGGAAGACGUGGAUCAUUCAGAAGCCAGAAUGAGCCAGCAUUAGAGUCACAGACAGUACAUCCACAUCAACCACAUGUCAAUCGACUUCAACAACAAUUACAGCAAAACCAAAUACAACACCAUUUGCAGCAACAGAAUUACAACCGUAUGCCUACUGUCCAACUGCCACAUCAACACCACUACCAGACAAACCCAUCCAAUGAUACGUUUGGACAGACAUUUAGUGAUCAUUUCGAUCAAUACAGGACUUUAGUUUCAAAAUAUUCAAAUAUUCAAAGACAACAGCCAUUGGAUCACCUUGAAGAAUGCCUUAACCGCCGAACCGGCGCCACCGCCUCCAUCAAUACCGUCUCCACGACACCCAAUGUGUUAAGUCGUUCACCAAUUGGCUCACAAUUUGGCAGUGAAGACACUUUUGAUGAGUCCACUCAACCGAAACAUUGGCGAACGGCAUCUCUCUAUAGACCAACUGCUGCUCAAAAUCAUAACCAAUCCUUAGGAGGAGGUGGGGGUGGAGGGGUCGGCGGCGUCGGUACGUCCACUGGACUUAAACGUAAGCCAUCCCUACAACCAAAUGUAGUGAAACAAGUGAACAAACCUGUUAUGUCUCGCGAAGAAGUGUCAGUUUUAUCACACAAUCGUCGAGAACAGCAACGAAUCGAAUUAGAGAUGAAAGAAAAGUUAUCUCGAAAUCCAUUUCUCUAUUUAAUGAAUCCUCAGUUUACGAAUUGGUUGAGUAGACAACAGUUGGUUAUGUUAGUCCUCGUUAUCAAUAUAUCAUUAGCUCUACUAUUCUUCAAGUUAUUGAUUUAA